GAGCAAUAGCUGUGUUUCUAAAAAGACAAUAAAAGGUGUGUGGAAGACAAGUCUCAUCUUUCUUUUUUGGUAGAAUUUCACAUUUUCACCUGCUUAAAAGGCCUCAGCUACCUCCUCUUCAUCAUCUGCUUCUUGUUCUGCGUCAUCUUCAUCCAUUCGUCGUCGUUUCGUGUAACCAAAAUCGCACUCCGUUUCUCAAAUCACACACCGACACUCCUUACAAUUCACAAAUCGUCAACCCAACCCUCUCUCCUAACGAUUGAGUCGAAUUGGUACUUGAAUUUCACUGUUUCAAAUCAGAAUCCAGCUUAAUCCUUUCAAAUUCAUAGUGAAGUAAAGCAAAUAUGGAUGCUGAUUCAUGGAGUGCUCGUCUUUCUUCUGCUUCCAGGCGCUACCAAUCCGCUUUUCAGUCUCGAUCUGGAAUGAAAUGGGAAAAUCUUGACGCGGAAAUGUUGAUGGGUUUUGAGGAAAUUGAGGUGGACGACGAUAUAAGAGAAGAGUUCCCUUGCUGUUUUUGUUCGGAGUAUUUUGAUAUUGUUGGUUUAUGUUGUCAUAUUGAUGAUGAGCAUCCCGUUGAGGCCAAGAAUGGGGUGUGUCCAGUUUGCGCUAUGAGGGUGGGCGUUGACAUGGUUGCACACAUAACCUUACAGCAUGGGAAUAUCUUCAAAAUGCAGCGCAAGAGGAAAUCUCGCAGAGCUGGUUCUCAUUCAACACUUUCCUUGUUAAGGAAGGAACUGCGAGAAGGAAAUUUGCAAUCUCUUUUUGGAGGGUCUUCUUGUAUAGUUUCCUCAACUAGUGCUGCACCAGACCCCUUGCUGUCAUCGUUCAUUUUGCCAAUGACUGAUGAUUUCAAGAGUGCUCAAACGCAUUCUCCUGCUGAAACAAUCUCAGCCAAGAAAAGCUCAAUAGUAACUGCGUUUGAAAGAAAAGUUCAACCCCCAUUGUCAAUCAAAGAUCAAGAAGAGAAGGCGAAGAGGAGUGAGUUUGUUCAAGGAUUGCUAUUGUCCACCAUUCUGGAUGAUAAUUUAUGAAAGGUUGACUAGGCUGCCGGCCCCCCAGGUUCACCAGCUUACUGAUAAAGCCGCGUGGUUAGUGGUCUGUCCUAGUGCGCAUGGUGGUAUUAUGUAAUCCAACCGUGGAAUAAGAUGUAGUAAUCCAUGUAAUUUAUCUUGUAGAAUUUAGUUGAUAUGCAGCGGAGUCAUGUAUCUCCUUUUUAUUGCAGUUCAUGCGACGAUAAAGAAUACAAUAAACGUUCAAGUUAGUGCUUUA